UCUUCUUCCUAUCAUGGCUUCUUCAAUGGCUUCCAUAUCUAGAUUCGUUAAGAAAGAUGCUAAAUUGAGGACAUUUGAUAGCCUUCACAGAAGAAGCUCUCGCUCAAGUGUCGAAAGACUUCAAACCCAUCUGGGUAAGAAAUGCGGCGAUUCAGUAUCAUAUAAUAGAAGAGAUUGGGCUAUCCUAAGCAGUGCACAGAGACCCAUCGUCGCAGCGUCUUUCCCUUCCCCAAUUCUUCCAAGUUAUCGUUGCCAACAGGUUUUCUGCAAAGCAGUAGAUAAUGCAUCUGGGAAUGUUCCAAGUAGCAGUGCCAGUGAAAUGAGCCAGUAUGAGAAUAUAAUUGAAACAUUAACGACUCUUUUUCCUGUGUGGGUAAUAAUUGGCACAAUUAUUGGUAUCUAUAAGCCAGCUGCGGUUACUUGGUUGGAAACAGACCUUUUCACUGUAGGCUUGGGUUUCCUCAUGCUUUCCAUGGGAUUGACAUUGACAUUUGAAGAUUUCAGACGUUGUCUACGGAACCCAUGGACUGUGGGAGUAGGAUUUCUUGCUCAGUAUUUAAUCAAGCCGGUGUUAGGCUUCUUUAUUGCAAUGACACUGAAACUCUCUCCUCCUCUUGCAACUGGUCUUAUUUUAGUCUCAUGCUGCCCUGGAGGUCAGGCAUCAAAUGUCGCAACCUACAUAUCCAAGGGAAAUGUGGCACUCUCAGUUCUCAUGACAACAUGUUCUACAAUUGGUGCUAUUGUCAUGACACCACUCCUUACUAAGCUUCUUGCUGGUCAACUUGUUCCAGUCGAUGCAGCCGGCCUUGCCAUCAGCACUUUUCAGGUUGUUUUGGUGCCAACUAUUGUUGGAGUGUUGUCAAAUGAAUUUUUUCCCAAGUUCACCGCGCGAAUAAUUACAGUCACUCCACUGAUAGGGGUUAUCCUUACCACCUUGCUUUGUGCAAGCCCAAUUGGGCAAGUUUCUGAUGUUUUGAAGGCUCAAGGAACACAACUAAUACUUCCUGUAGCUCUCCUACAUGCUGCUGCAUUCGCUCUUGGUUAUUGGAUUUCAAGGAUGUCAUUUGGAGAAUCCACUUCCCGUACUAUUUCUAUUGAAUGUGGGAUGCAGAGCUCUGCACUUGGAUUUUUACUUGCCCAAAAACACUUCACUGAUCCCCUUGUUGCUGUCCCUUCAGCUGUCAGUGUUGUUUGCAUGGCGCUUGGUGGGAGUGCUCUUGCUGUCUUUUGGAGGAACAGACCAACUCCAGCAGAUGAUAAGGAUGAUUUCAAGGAAUAGAUCAGUCUUUUGCCUUCUAUAUUAGUAUAUUCUCCUUAGACUUUGUGGUAAGUUCUUUUAGGAACUAAGUGAUGGUCCAAAUUACUUAACUUUCAGGAGGAAGAACAGUUUUGACUUUAUAUUUUUCACAAGGACCAGGUAAUCUGAACUAGGAAGUAAGAAACAAGUUAUUUACUGAAAACAGAAAAUUAAAUUAAAUAACAGUGUGGGAUAUUCCCCUAUUAUCAA